GAGGAAGAAAGAUCGUUGGUGAAUCAAUCAAAAAUCUCUCACACAAAAGAUUGCGCUUAAAGUCGCAUCUGAUCUGACAACAAAAUACCACCAUCCGCUUCUUCCCCCUCUUCCGAAUCCCCAAAAAAAUCCUCAAAUUUCAAAAAGGAAGAAAAAAAAUUCCCCAAAACCCCAGCAUUUAUGAUCCUAAACCCCAUCCAUUUCCCACUUUAUUCUCUCUUUCAAUUAUUUUUUCCCAUCAAAAGCCCAAAAUAUGGCGGGGAUUGCACAGAGCUGCGUUGAUCAUAGCAAUUACAAUUGUUUCCGUUGUUUUUCUUGGUGGUGGUGGUGUUAUUAUUCUUGUUCCUGUUCGUAUUUAAUCCUUAAAUCAAAGUGGGGUUUUAUUAUAUUUUUAUUCGUCUCUGUUCCGGAAAACAUUUUCAAUUUCAAUGCCAAGAAAUUUUCUGACGCCUCACUGCCGCCGCUGCUGCUGCUUCUUAUGCUUUCACUGUUUGAUUUGUUGGGUUUUCUUCUUUUUCCAUUUUUUCUUCGUCUCCACUCACCCCAACAUCUCAAUCACACUUGCUUCUCUCGUUUCGAUUCUCCCUAGAGAGAGAGAGAGAGAGAGAGAUGGAACGAAAUCUUUAUUCCAAAGUUUCCCUUCCGUUAAAACCUAAUUCGAUUGUUCUUUAAUGGAAGGGAAUGCUUUAAGAGCACCAAAAGACAUGUAGUGGAGCACUGGAGCUUUGUUGUCAACGAUGGAGUGUAGUUGCGAGGGAGAGAAGAAGCCACCUGCAGGGGCGAACAAGAUCAAAAGGAAAAUGAAGACUGCAUCGCAAUUGGAAAUUCUGGAGAAAGCUUAUACGGUGGAAGCUUAUCCCUCCGAAGCACUAAGAGCUGAGUUAUCGGUGAAAUUGGGACUGUCGGAUCGGCAAUUGCAGAUGUGGUUCUGUUACCGGAGGUUGAAGGACCGGAAAGCGCCUUCAGUCAAGCGGCCGCGGAAGUCUUCUCCGGCUAUGGCGGGAGCUGCAGUUGCAAACCCAGUUGGGGGAAGUGGCGAGAAGAUUAUGGCGGGGAACCUGGGAUACGAGAGCUCUUCAGGAUUGGGGAUGGGGUCAAAUGUAUAUGCUCACCCAGUGGACAUGCGGCUAGCUGGUCAAAGGCCUGGAGUGGCUAAUGCGAGGAUUGGCGUAAAUUCACCUUCAAUGAAGAGGUUUUAUGAGUCGCAGCAGUCUAUAGCAGAGCUUCGAGCCAUGGCUUUAAUAGAGGCACAGCUAGGAGAACCGCUUAGGGAGGAUGGACCAGUUCUUGGCAUGGAGUUUGACCCACUGCCCCCAGGGGCAUUCGGUGCACCGAUAGGAGCCACUACUAAUAUUGAUGAGAAGAAAGCCGGACAGGUUUUUGAGGUUAGUGCAUAUAAGCAAAGAGAUGUAGAGCAGAUUGAGCAUCAUCAGAUAUCUGGGAGGACUCUGCACGAAUAUAAGUUUCUUCCUGAGCAGCCAACUGUGAAAUUGGAUAGACACGAGAGAGGCGCCUCUUCUUACCAGUAUGAUUCUCAUGCAAAUGUUCAAAAUAUGAGCAGGACUCAAUCGAUAGCUUCUGGACACUCAUUUUUGCAUGGACAUGAGCAAGUUUCCUCCGGCUACUUUUCUCAAGGCCAGAUGCCCAAUCUGAAUAUUUUUUCUCAGCAAAGCAGACGGGGUCACCUUUUAUUAUCUUCUAUGGGAGAGCAUGAUAGUAGUUUAUGCAAGAGUUCUCUAGUAAAUAUUUCUAUGGAUCCUGAAUAUGGCACUCACCGAACUACUCAGCCAGAAUAUACAUCCAUCCUAUCGGAUCAGAGUGUCGUUCAUGGAAACAAUGUUUUAUGGAUUGAAAAGAAGCACAAGAAUGAUGAAGCUAGAAUAGCGCGGGAAGUUGAAGCCCAUGAGAAAAGGAUGCGGAAAGAACUAGAGAAACAAGAUGCCCUGAGGAGAAAGAGAGAAGAGCAGAUACGGAAAGAAAUGGAAAGACAUGACCGAGAAAGGCAGAGGGAAGAAGAAAGACUAUCGCGUGAGAAGCAAAAAGAGGAAGAAAGAUACCUAAGAGAGCAAAGGCGUGAAACAUUAAGGAGAGAGAAGUUCUUGCGAAGAGAGUCCAUUAGAGCUGAGAGAACUAGACAAAAAGAGGCACUUCGCAGGGAAAGAGAAGCAGCAAGGCUUAAAGCUGCCAAUCAGAGGGCUAUUGCUCGCAGAAUGGCUAAGGAAUCUAUGGAACUUGCUGAUGAUGAACGCUUGGAACUCAUGGAGUUAGCUGUGUCAAGCAAGGGAUUGCCGUCAAUAAUGUCUCUUGACCAUGAAACAUUAGAAAAUCUCGAGUUAUUUGAAGGAUUGGGCUCUUCUUCUAUGGCCUUUAUGCGACCUACCUUUCCACCUGAAUCUGUGAAAAUGAAGAUGCCAUUUUUAAGUCAUCCUUGGACUGAUUCUGAAGUGAACGUAGGAAACCUUCUUAUGGUGUGGAAGUUCUUGGUUACUUUUGCAGAUGUUCUUGGGCUUUGGCCUUUUACUCUUGAUGAGUUCGUUCAAGCUUUUCAUGAUCAUGACUCAAGGUUAUUGGGUGAAGUACACGUUGCUCUUCUGAGAUGCAUCAUAAAGGAUAUCGAGGAUGUGACUAGAUCCCCUUCUGCAGGUCUGGGAUCCAACCAGAGUAGUGCUCCCAACCCUGGAGGUGGCCAUCUGUAUGUAGUUGAAGGGGCAUAUGCUUGGGGUUUUGAUAUAUGCAGCUGGCAGCACCACUUAAAUCCUUUAACAUGGCCUGAGAUACUUCGACAGUUAGCCUUAUCAGCAGGAUUUGGGCCUCAACUGGUGAAAGGGGGGAAUGCUGAACCAGCAUAUCUUCGUGAUGAAAAUGAGCAGGGUAAUGAUGUUGCAGGCAUCAUUUCAAAUUUACGCAAUGGUUUGGCUGCAGAAAAUGCUGUUGCUAUAAUGCAUGAAAGGGGUCUCUCCAAUCAACGCAGAUCUAGGCAUCGACUGACACCUGGAACUGUUAAAUUUGCAGCUUUCCAUGUUCUUUCUCUUGAGGGAAGCAAAGGCCUCCCUGUAGUAGAAGUUGCAGAUAAAAUUCAGAAAUCUGGACUUCGGGAUCUCACAACAAGCAGGACGCCAGAAGCUUCUAUUGCUGCUGCAUUAUCUAGAGACUCAAAACUUUUCGAAAGGACUGCCCCUUCAACGUAUUGUGUCCGUUCUCCGUAUAGGAGAGAUCCUGGUGAUGCGGAUGCAAUACUUUCUACAGCAAGGGAGAGGAUUCACAUAUUAAAAAGUGGGUUUUUGGAUGGAGAAGAUGCUGAAAGAAAUGAUGAUUCAGAAGUCGAUGUUGCUGAGGAUCCUGAAGUUGAUGAUUUGGGUAUUGAAGGAAAUUCAAUGAAAGAGCAUCAAAGUCAUGAAGUGUGCCCUUUCGAUGAAAUGACUUCUGUAACCAGUGGAAAGGGAUCUAAUGAGGUUAGAGAUAGUCUCGAAGUUGGUAUGGAGAAUGGUGGUCCCUAUACAUCUGUCCUGGACUUUGAAGGUAGGGUAAAGGGGGAAGAAAGUCCUAUUGAACAACCUAUUUAUAUUACUGGAAGUUGCACUGGUCAAAAUCAAGAAGAUUCAGAUGUAGGUGAUCAUGGCGAACCUUGGGUUAAGGGACUUACUGAGGGAGAGUAUUCUGAUCUCAGUGUCGAGGAGCGACUUAAUGCACUUUGUUCAUUAAUUGGAGUGGCACUUGAAGGAAAUUCAAUGCGUACUGUCCUUGAAGAGCGUUUGGAGGCGGCAAAUAGUUUGAAGAAGCAAAUGUUGGCAGAGGCACAACUUGAUAGGCGACGUGCCAGAGAAGAGUAUGUCAUGCAGAUCAACGAGUCAUUGAAUGUGGGAAACAAGCCUGAACAUAAAACUAUUUCAUCAACGGAUGCAAGGCACAGUCCAAUUCCAAAUGUUGGAGAAGAAAAGAGUGAAGGACCAUUAGACACAGACACUGGUUUUCAGCAAGAGGACUGCAGUAAGUCACGGAAUAACAGCUAUCCACUUAAUGAUGAUUUCCCCUCAGAAGGAAAGCUGCUAGCGCAAGAUGUACCCCUUGAGGCAGAUCAUUCACAAUUUAAACAAUCAGUACUCACUAUUGAAAAGUCAAGGUCACAGUUGAAAUCUUAUAUUGGACACAAAGCAGAAGAGAUGUAUGUGUAUAGGUCUUUACCUCUUGGCCAGGAUCGAAGGUGCAAUCGAUAUUGGCAAUUUACUUCAUCUGCUUCACGAAAUGAGCCUGGCAAUGGCAGAAUUUUUGUUGAGCUGCAUAAUGGGUCUUGGAGGCUUAUUGAUUCUGCCGAGGGAUUUGAUUCUCUCUUAGCUUCUUUGGAUAUACGUGGGAUCAGGGAAUCACAUUUGCAUCUUAUGUUACGAAAAUUAGAAAAUUCAUUCAAAGCAGCUGUCAGGGGGAAAAUACUGCAAGAUAUCCAAAGUAAGGGCGAAGGUGCUGCUGGCCAUGAUUACAAUGCUCAUACUUAUGGUUCUGUUACUACUUUAUGUGCAGAUGAUUCUGAUGCGUUUGACAGUUCAACAUCCUUCAGAAGUGAGCCUGAGGAAACUGGUUCACGUAAGACUGAAACAUUGAAGAGAUACCAUGAUUUUGAGAGCUGGAUGAGGAGUGAAUGCUUCAGUCUUUCAAUUUUAUCUGCUGACAAAUAUGGAAAGAAGCAGGGCAGACAAUUGCUCGGUAUCUGUAAUCAUUGUCAAUGCUUUUACUCUGAAAGUUCCAACCACUGCCGUUCUUGCCAUGAAACUCGUCGUAUUUCUGAUUUAUAUUUUUCUGAACACGAGUCUCGAUGUAAAGAGAACAUUAGUAUAUCUUGGUGUUCAUCUUCCCCCCUGAGGAUUAGAUUGCUCAAGAUGCUGUUGACUGUGAUUGAAGCUUCCAUUCCAGUAGAAGCUUUUCAACCAUCCUGGACAGACUUCCAAAGGAAAACUUGGGGUUCAAGACUUCUGUCUUCAUCGUCUGCGGAGGAACUUCUUCAGAUUCUGACUCUAUUGGAGAAUGUCAUUAAGCGGGAUGUUAUGCGGUCUAACUAUGAGACCACCUAUGAAUUGUUGGCUUGCAUCAACCCACCAGGAAAUUCCAUUUGUCGUUCUUCCCCUGAAACAGUGCCAGUUCUUUCAUGGAUACCUCUGACUACAGCUGCUGUGGCAUUAAGGCUUUUGGAGUUCGACGCUUCCCUCUCUUACAUUCUGCAGCAGAAAGCUGAGUCUCAUGAUCAUGGGUCAAGGGACAUAAAACACUUGUCAAAUUAUGUUGCUGUGAAGAACAAUCAAGAUUCUGAAACUGCUGUAAUUUCAAACGAGUAUGUCAAAGAAUCAAACUGGAUAGAUUGCGGGGUUGGACUCUCACGCACCAACCACAGACGAUCAGAUUGCAAAGGAGGACAUGGGCGUACUAGAGGUGGAAAAUCACAGAAAAGGUCCAGUGGUUCGAGGGCUGUAUCCGGCAAGAGAAGUACUGGCACCAACCGCCAAAUAUUAAGGCAGGUGCUGAUGUGGAAAGACGGACAAGUGGAUGAAACAGGAGGAUCUAGGUGCGGUCGCCGGAGCAUUAGAAACAGGCAAAAAUCAGCAAGUAAGAUUAAGUUUGGUUCUGAGGGAGGAGGUCAUCCUGAAGAAACUAUCCAUGAGAAACUAGAAUUAUCUCUGGACAACAACCAAGAAUGGAAUAAUGACCAGGACUUGGAACAAAUUGACGGAAGUCCCAGCAGUUCUGAUAGAUUGCUUUCCAUUGAUGACAAUGGUGGAGUUGAAUAUGAUGAUAUGCUGGUAGAUGUCUGUGCUCGUUCCCGGCGAUCUGGCUACGUACUGGCUAGUAGAAGUUAUGAUAUGGAUGAAGACAAAGAAGAUGAUCUCUAUGAUGAUGGAGAGAGGGGCAAUGUCAUGGAUGGAGGAGAUCUUUAUGUUGAACAAUAUAUAAAUGGGGAGUACAAUGAAGAAAGUAACAAGGAUUUGGAGCAUAAUAUGGUCUCAGAUGAAGAGAUGCAAUCUGCCUCCUCGGAUUACAGUAUCUAGACUUAAAAAUCCAAUGUUUAAGGCUGUGUUCUUUGUUAGAUGUGGGUGGCACGAUCCUGAAAAUAUAACAGUGGGAAGCGUUGGCAUCUGUGCAAAAUCUGUCAUCCCCUGUGCUGCCCACAAUGUCAAUAGGAAGAUAAUAGAUCCCAUACGACUUCAAUUUACUGUCUUGUAAAAAACCUACUUACACUUAAGGCAGUUUGAAUGAUUAAUGAGGAUAUGUAGGUCUUCUAACAAGAGGAAAUACUUUAUUCUUGAUUCUUCUCCGA